AUGGCUUCUCCAUUAGCCACCAUCGUCGAUCUUGUACGAAAUUUGGACUAUGGCGACGAACUCAGAUGCCACGCCAUUCAAGACAACGCCGACCACCGAUGCAGGACGUCCUUCAGGACUCGGGUGAAAGAGGCUGAGGCGCGCCGAAACAGCUUCCUCAAAGCGAAACUACUAGAUGAAGUCUUGGAUCCGACAGAUACGAUCUACCUCGCACAGCGUUUUCUUUGUGGGCCGCACAGAACACGAAACAAGCACUUGCAUCCUCUGGUUAACGCACUCGAAAGUGCAGAUUUCAAUUAUGGGCUGCAACGCGGAAAGGGGUGCGCCCACGACGUAUCGCCGUCCUCGUCGUCUCGUUUCAUCGAAUUGGUUGAUUUUUCCACUGCACGACGACUGUUGGACGAUAGGCAUCAAUUUUGGUGUAUCGCGAAUGACAGAAAAACGGAACCGUGCAACAGCAAAAUUACUCGGUACAAGCUGGCCAAGGCUCGCCGUAUCCUCAGCACUAUGCGCGGAGAGGAUCAUUUCGAGGAAGAUUCCGAGAACGAGGAAAUAGACAGUAGUUUUCUGGAUGGCGAUGAUGUCGAACAGGAUGAAAGCUACGAAGACGAGCCCCUGAACAAGCUUCCCAAUCUCAUCGGUUGUUUGCUCUGCCAAAAUCACUUUCACUGGUUUUGGUUGGACCUUUACCACAGUCAGUGGCGGACAACCAUUUGUUCUGACACUUUGACCGAGCUUGGUUUGGAUGAUGAUUCUGAAUCAGACCACAGCUCCACGGAAGAAGAGGAAGAAAACACAUGGUUAGGUUCCGAAUCAGUGGUGAGCGAUGAGGAGUCAUUGGACGACGACGAAGUUCCUUCUGGGGUACUUUCACCAUUCUCAGUCCAGAGCCCGAGGCUUUCGACGCCAUCUCUGAGCCAGGAUUCGCCCGCUCGCCCUAGUCACAGCUCCAAACAAGCUUCCCCGGCCCCAAGAAAAAGCAGAUCCAGCCCAAAAUCCCUCGAGCAGGAUCUGGUGGAAAGCUUCAGCGCCCUGGGAAUCAACACGGGCGCAGCGGAAAAAAACAAGCACGCCAAGCCCGUCCAACUUGGUUUCCCAGAUGUAAAACAAGACAAUACCAGCCUAGUCUUGCCUGACAAGACGAUGAGGCAACUCGAGUCGAGUCUCUGCCAUCUUUUGCGGAAGGAGCUGGCUCCCAAGAAGACUAGGAGUGUAUACAUCAUGCAGUCCACGUGUCGCCCUGGUCUCGUCAAAAUCGGGAUGACCAAGAGAAAAUCGCCGGGGAAACGGGUGAGAGAGAUCAAAUACCGUUGCAAGCUAGAGCAUUUGGAGGUACUCCAUUUUCUCACAGGCGUGGAGAAUGCCACGCGUGUGGAGAGGCUCGCGCAAUGUCAUCUCAAACCGUUCAAGGAACCCUUUCAAUGCAUAGGCCAUGAAGAUCGAGAGUGGUUUCGGUGCUCACCAGCUGUUGCACGAGAAGUCGUUGAUGCGUGGGUGGUGUGGAUGGAAAGGAGACCUUAUAAACACUACUUGUUGAAGGAUCACUGGAAAGCCAAGGUUGAGGGCAUCAAGUCGAAUGAGAACUCUUGUCAAGAGGAGACGUUCAGACAACUGCUCAAGAGACACAUCCGAUGGACGCAGCAGGUCUGA